GUAAUCUAAGGAUUCAAUCACAGUAUGAGGCAAGUUUUUGAAAAAUUUUGUGUAGUCUACUGGUUUCUUAUGACAUGAGAACACAUUCAGAUCACUUUUGGUGGAUGAGUAAGGCGGUCUUUUAUGUCUAUUGACAACAUUAUACUAGUAUCACUCGAACGUUGAGUUGAUCGGAUGGUGUAAGGCAACGAAAACGAAUAGCAGAGUAAAAAUCUUCGGAAAAAUUUACCUGGAAGAACUAUGGCAGACGACAAGACGACGAGCCCUGUAUACGCUAUCCUAGACGUUGAAACGACGGGUUUAUCAAGAAAACAAGACAGAAUUAUACAAAUUGCUUGCUUAAAAAUCGGUAAAGACGACUCCCAAAAAACCUGGAUGAGGUACGUCAACCCAGAGAUGGACAGCGGAUAUUUGCAACAAGCAUUUCGAAUACAUCGUAUUUCUCCAGAAUUUCUGCAGAAAAAGCCGCUAUUCAAAGACGUGGCAGAGAGCUUUUGCGAWUUCUUAAAAGAUGUCGACUACCUGGUUGCUCACAAUUGUGUGUUCGACUGGGACAUGCUGUCUAGAGAGUUCGAAAUUCUCGACCAAAACAAAAAGAAGGAUGAUAAUUUAAAGGAUGAUAUCUCCAAACUAUGGUGGGAGAAAUUUUAUUGUGAGAAUAACUGGGUUGAUACUCUUCGCUUGGCAAUGAUCUGCUUUCCCGAACGAAAAGCUUACAAUUUGCAUGCCAUUAAGGAGUUCUUGAACAUCGAACCCCUACAGGGGAUAGAUGGGGGGAUUUUGUCCACCCAGUGUGAUUGUGGUGGAGAUGAGUGGAAGCAACGGCAACAUGAUGCCAUGUUUGAUGUAUUUACAACCUAUGGUAUCCUUCAACGCUGCAUUAAGUCUACCUUUYAUGAUCUAGUACAGAAAUAUCCAAUGGCAUUGCUUGAUACUAYUCUACUGCUUGACAUGCAAAGACUAAUAGAUGAAAAAACGACUAGCAGACAAUAUCUUCUACCCUUUGCUGACAGAUCAAAGGAGUACUUCAGCACUUCAAGACCAAAGGCUAAAAAACUUGGCGAACUUUCAAAGUACUUUUUACAGAUGGUGACAUUGUCUUUAAAGGUUGAUACAAGGUCUGAUGACAGAGUUAUUUUAAUCUAUGAGGCUGCCAUUCUUGAGCCAUUGGAGAAUGAAAUGCUAUCUCAUUCAUCUUCUACGACCAAGGAAAAGGUACAAAAAGUGGAAAAAAUGGAAGAGGUCAAAGAGGAAGUGAAAAUGACCAAAAAAUCGRAGUCGGAGCAAGAAAAAAGGGACAAGAAUGACGAUGAGGAGUAUCUUAACUGUAGCAGACAAAAAAGGCCAAAACUAAGCUUGCAGUGAUCUAGCAUUAUGAAGCUUAACCAAAGAACAUUUUUAACUAAAUCUUAUAGAAUAAAGUUUGUAUAAAAGUGUUGUAAAAUGUAUACAAGCAUUUGUUCCAGUUCAUAUUUAGUUCUACUUCUCUGGGGAACAUUUACAUUUUAGAAGAGGGAAGAAAGGCUAGAGGACUCUACAAAGACUCCCAUGCAAAAGUCAACCAUGUUCUCUAUCUUCAAAGAAACCACCCUUUAAAUCGCUCUUUCUUUCUUUUUUAGUCACUGGCAGAACUUUGGAUUGAAUGAAAAAUGCUAAUGACCCUUCCUUUUUAGCUGUGUAAAUACUUAAUGACCCUCCUUUAUAGAUCCCUCAAGGCCCUCCUCUCUUCUAAGAGUGAAUGUCCCUUAGGUAAUGAAUAUUAUAACAUUAUUUUCAAGCUUUACCUUGUAUUUGUAAAGUUUUAGCUGUAAUCUUUGUAUAAUCCAAGUUGUUGUUCAUAUUCUUUGAGUUGUCUUAUGAAGCCAUCRUUGGGUUUGACAGAAGGCUUGGAGUCUUUGACCAUUUGUAAGGCAUCAUUUAGGGACAUAUGAAGUUUGUGCAUCAAAAAUGCAACAAUAACAGUAGUUGACCUUGAAACACCAGCAUUACUGUGAGCAGAGAGGUUAACAAAAGAACAUGUUAAGAGCAAAUACAAAUAUUUCACUACCAGUCUGGUUAUAUUUCCCCCGAAACCAAUUAAGAAUAACAAUAAUCAGUGGUGUAUCAAGAAAAAACACUUUAAUAUUAAAAYAAAUUGAACAACAUUAGUAUUCAUCCAA